AUGUCGCAAAGCCGCAUGACAUUUCUUGGACGCUGUAGAGUUGAUAGUUCCCUCGCACGUUCGACGAAGACGAGGAAACCGGCAUUUCCUAGUAUAAUGCAUUCCAUUGGUCCUCUCCUAAUUUAUGCUAGCAGCAGCAUCAUCAUCAUCGACCUAUCUAAGGGUGAUGGAAACUUCGUGUCGAGGGACAACACGGCAUCCCACACUUACCAACCAGGAGGCACGGAGGCCAGCUUCAGCGGCGCUCUCACUAUUGACCCUGACCUGGCCCACGAAUAUUUCAAGAACGAAGUAGGAAUCGACAUCGACAAACUACAGCGUCACCCAGAUGUCUUCUCCAGCAGUCCCAGAGAGUAG